UAAUAGAUCAGAAUGUAGUCAGAAACAGUGCGAUUUAAGUCCAUGGACAGUGUUCACAGUUUAAUCACAGAGGUUUCCACUAAGACUGUUAACAUAGCAAGAUUCAUAGUCAUGCUGCAUAAAUGAGGGCUUUCUGUAAAGAUUGGGGAGGUAUGUCGAAAUCAUUGAAAUUAAUCUAAUGCCAGUCAGAGGACGUCACUAUGACAACGUCGUCAUAGUGAACCAAAGGAAAACUUAGAAACAAUCAGUAUUUCAAACCUGCUGGUCAAGCUGCGUCGGGGAAGUAGGCUACGGAGUGGCCAAUUUAAUUCUCUACUUAGGUAAGGCAAAACCCUUAAUUAAGGUAUAUAAGGUAAGGUAUUUUGGAAGGCUAUUUUAACUUAGCCAGUUUUUAAUAUGCCAUUGAAAAUAGAUUCACAUGAAACCGAUCGGGUGAAAACCAGUAAAAGGCAGCUGGGUAGGUUAAGUUCUUCAGUGCAAUUAUACGUUAAUCAUAUUGUUAAUGUGUUGUAUAGCGUAGUAAGCUAAAAUCUAUGCACACAAACAAUGAGUUAGACACUCUCAGAUGAGCUUGCUCAGGUGGGCAAGGCUGUCUGUUUUAUUAGUGUAUCAACAGUGAUGGCAGAAGCAAAACAUCGUAUAUGUUGACCCUUACUGACAUUGGAAGACAUUGCUAGAAUCUCUGUAGGUUUAGGCUGACGUCGCUAAGAAACGUGACACGACAAGCGAAUAUUGUUACGUAAUAGUAUGACGCUAACAGCGGUCUUUUUAUACUCAUUAAAAUAUCUAUCACCCGAAGUUCACCUGCACUUGCUGAUCAUUUACACCAGAGAUCAUGACUGUAAAGGAUGAUGUGUGGGUUGGUGCCUGGAGGCCCCAUAAGCCAAGGGGUACUAUUGCAGCCCUCUACAGCAACCCAGGGCCCAAAUAUGCCCUUCCCGGGGCUACAGGUCUUAACAACCAUGACCCACGGAUGCUAAAAGGUCCCGCCUUCAGCUUUGGUACGCGCCAUCGCCUGUUCAACUCCGACUGCUCACCUGGUCCGGGCUACCUUGUGCCCCCCAACAUCACUCGCGUGGGCAGAGACGGCACGCCGGCAUACUCACUCUACUGCCGCCGCAAGGACCCUCAGCUGUUCCAAACACCUGGACCAGGCCGAUACUUCCCGGAAAAAUCCGGAAAGAUGGCGUACCACUCUCCUCCCGCCUACUCCCUGUCUGCUCGCACCCGAGGGUUCAGGAACGAUCAGACCCCAGGGCCCGCUGCUUACAUGCUCCCCCCUGUGAUGGGCCCAAUGACUGUGAAUAAGGCCUCGGCUCCAAACUUCUCCCUGACUGGCCGCAGUAAGAUUGGCAGCUUCAGUGAGGACCUGCAGAAGACUCCAGGUCCAGGGUCCUACAGGGUGGUGGACCCCUCCACCUACACACAGAAGGCUCCUCAGUACAGCAUGAUUGGCCGAAACAGCAUGCCUGGAGACACCACCAGGAAGCCUGGGCCAGGAGCUCACCAUCCUGAGCAGGUGACCUUCACCAGGAGCCAAGCCCCAAGCUUUUCAUUCGGGAUCCGCCACUCUGAGUUCAUCGCCCCUCUCAUCCCAGAUGUGGCUGACUAGACAGAGCCACCUUCAACCAUGUUAGAAUAAAUAUGAUUACUGCAGGAAUAAAGCUUGGCUAACGGGCAACUAACUGUGUGUUCAUUGUCCUGGAAUGGCAUAACAAAGUCACAACUGUCAUAGCUUACAUGUUAAAGGCAAGGCAAGGCAAGGCAAGGCUAUUUAUAUAGCGCAUUUCAUGCACAUGUGCAACUCAAUGUGCUUUACAUAUACAAUAGCAGGAAAGACAAUAGAGAAUUAAAAUGAUAAAAAAUAAGAGUAAAGUGAAACAAGUAAAAAUAAGAUGAUAAACAUAAAAAUAAAAGAUAAGAAAGUAAGUGUACUGGAAGAACAUAAUCAUAUGGAAUAUAGGUGCCACAACUCACAGUUUAGACAGGUACUCCUGUAGCAAGCAAAUCAGUGAAGCAAAUCAGUGUUCAUAGGCCC